AUGAGUGAUGCACAGCCAUCAGUCAUCGUUGCUCGCUCAUUCGUUCCUGCAAGUAACUUUGCGACAUGCACGGGUCGUGCGACUGAUGCUGAAACAUGCACGAGUCGUGCGACUGAUGCUGAAACAUGCACGAGUCGUGCGACUGAUGCUGAAACAUGCACGAGUCGUGCGACUGAUGCUGAAACAUGCACGAGUCGUGCGACUGAUGCUGAAACAUGCACGAGUCGUGCGACUGAUGCUGAAACAUGCACGAGUCGUGCGACUGAUACUGAAACAUGCACGAGUCGUGCGACUGAUGCUGAAACAUGCACGAGUCGUGCGACUGAUGCUGAAACAUGCACGAGUCGUGCGACUGAUGCUGAAACAUGCACGAGUCGUGCGACUGAUGCUGAAACAUGCACGAGUCGUGCGACUGAUGCUGAAACAUGCACGAGUCGUGCGACUGAUGCUGAAACAUGCACGAGUCGUGCGACUGAUGCUGAAACAUGCACGAGUCGUGCGACUGAUGCUGAAACAUGCACGAGUCGUGCGACUGAUGCUGAAACAUGCACGAGUCGUGCGACUGAUGCUGAAACAUGCACGAGUCGUGCGACUGAUGUUGAAACAUGCACGAGUCGUGCGACUGAUGCUGAAACAUGCACGAGUCGUGCGACUGAUGCUAAAACAUGCACGAGUCGUGCGACCAUGCCGCACAGGUGCACAGUGCUGUUCUCACCUGAGAUGGUCGCUUUCUUCUCACAGAUCAAUCCAACAACUGAUGAGAAGUAA